AUGACCGAGCAAUUGCAGCCCAUCAAGCUCUACGGAGGUUCUUUCGGCCCCAAUCCGUUCAAGGUCUCGAUCAUCCUCCACGAACUCGGUCUGCCUGUGGAAGAGAUUCCGACCGACUUCACCCAGAUCAAAACACCCGCCUAUGAAGCGCUGAACCCCAAUGGCCGUCUGCCUACUAUCCAAGACCCUAAUACAGGGAUCACCCUGUGGGAGUCUGGUGCUAUCAUCGAAUAUCUGAUUGAGGAGUAUGAUAAGGAUCGCCGCAUUAGUUUUGAGCCUGGUAGUUUCGAGGCACACCAUGCCCGGCAGUUCCUCCACUUUCAAAUGUCCGGACAGGGUCCUUACUACGGCCAGGCCGUCUGGUUUAAGCGCUACCACCCUGAACGUGUCCAGAGCGCCAUCGACCGUUAUAUCAAUGAGAUCCGCCGGGUGUCUAAGGUGCUAGACGGCAUUUUGUCGAAGCAGGACUGGUUGGUGGGUAACAAGCUAUCAUUUGCCGAUCUAGCGUUCGUUUCGUGGCAGAACGGUGCCAAGCAAAUGCUAUCCGAUGAGGGAUAUGAUGAGAGUGAAUUCCCUUACAUGGCGGCCUGGUUGGAAAGAAUGAAUUCGCGACCUGUCGUUCGGGAUCUCACUGAAAAGCAAAAUAAGGCGAUGGCAGAAAGGCUAAGCGCCGCCACGGCAGCAUUGAAGAAGGCGUAG